UUUUUUAAAAAGAAUAGCAACAGGGACCACUGUAGGAGAAGAAGUAGUAGAAGAAGACAAGUUAUAAAGAAAUAAACCUGAGAUGAGGAAUCUCCCGUUUCUUCUUCUUUUGAGCGCCCAGCUGGCGGCAUCCUGGGGCCACCCGGUGGACAUCUUCCCUGCUCCCUGCAGCGACAGGACCGUGGCGCACAGGGCUCAGCUGGCCCUCUCCUACAUCAACGAGGACCGGACAGAAGGCUACAAGUUCAGCCUGAACAGAGUCAAUAACGUCCAUCUGCACGAGCAGGGCCCCGCCGGAACGGUCUUCUACCUGGACCUGGAUGUGCUGGAGACCAAGUGCUAUGUGAAGAGCCCCAGAGCCUGGGAGGACUGCGAGAUCAGGCCGUUUGCAGAAACAAAAAGCUCUGGGAACUGCAAGACCGUUCUUCUCAGUACACCUCAAGGACCCACCUACCUGUACAGCUAUGACUGCAAUCUGAUUCCAGAUCAGCCGGAGAAAGUCCAGAGCAUUUGCCCCCACUGCCCCCUGCUGCUGCCGGUGGACAGUCCUGAGGCGCUCCAGGCUGCGCAGGUCUCCCUGGACCAGUACAACACAGCCAGAGCCGCUCCUGCCGCCUUCUCGGUGCUCAACGUCACCCGGGCGUCUUCUCAGACAAACCCCGAGCAUGUCAGCUUUGUUGAGUAUACGAUUCAAGACACGGGCUGCUCCAAGCAACACGGAGAUACUGACGGUCAUCCCUGCAUUCCCAAAGCCUCCGAUACAGCUGCCGGUUUCUGUGUCGCUGCUGUUUUCCCCCGAGGAAUCGGUGAGCCGACAGUGGAAGUCUCCUGCGAGAUCUACGUUACGGGGGCCGCGACUGUGGAUCAGGCACCAGGGACCGUUCCAGCUGGCUCGGACGCCAACAGGGAGCCGCAGGGCGCGCAAGUGACGCCUGCCCCGCCGCCCCGGGAGGGCCCGCGCAGGAGACCCAAGCCCACGCCGCCCGCCUACCCGUACCCCAAACUCCCUGCCGCCCCGGAGCCCAGGCGGUUCCGCCUCUCCUCCGAAUCGGAGUCCUCCGAGGAACGCGGGGUCAUGCCGCCUGGGAAGUUCAAGUGGCCCGGGGCCCCGCGGCGGCUGAAACGCCGGAACGCCGCGACGCCUGGGCCGGCCCCCCUGCCCGUGUUCCUGACCGCGUUCCCCGACUCCCCCUCCCCCGCCUGCCCCGGCGCCCCGAGACACGAGGUGCUGGCGCGCCCCGCCGUUCUCUUGCGCAAGACCUCCGGGGGUUCAGGGCCGCGGCGCUUGCGUCAGAGCGGGCAGGAGGGCGGGCAGGCGGGCGGGCGGGCGGGCAGGCGCGCCGCUGCCAUGGAAACCGCCGGCGCCCUGGCCUUCCUGUCCCUGCUGGCCGCGGCCUGGGCCGCGGGCCUACCGCCCGCCGCCACCCUGCAGGGCGCCCGCUUCCCGCCCUGCGACUCCGCGGAGGCCGAGGCGGCCGCCCUGGCGGCCGUCGACUUCAUCAACGCGCAGCAUCACCACGGAUACAAGCACACCCUGAACAGGAUUGAGGAAGUCAGGGUGCUGCCCAGGGGUCCAGGGACUAACCUACCUCCUCCUCCGCCCCAGCUGCCCGCUGGAGAGACCUACAUCAUGGAGCUGGACCUGCUGGAGACCAAGUGCCACGUCGUGAGCCCCACUCCAGCUCAGGGCUGUCCAGUGAGGCCACUCGUUGAAACGAAAGUCGAGGGAGACUGUGAUGUGAUCUUGUCCAAAGUUGAUGGGGCCUUCACUGUGACCGCUUACAAAUGUAAAAGCAAACCAGAUUCGGCGGAAGACGUGUCCCGACUGUGUGUCGGCUGCCCCUCCCUCCUGCCGCUGAACGACACGCUGGCGCUGCAGGCCGUCACCAACUCGCUGACCACGUUCAACGCUGGGCCCAACGAGACGGCUCACUUCGAGCUGAUGGAGGUCGGGAGACUGGCGUCGCAGGUGGUGGGGGGAGGAGCAAUGUACAUCACCGAGUUCGCCAUCGUGGAGACCAACUGCACCGACCUCGAGGCGGCCGACCCACAGGCGGUCUGCGUCCCCCUCAGCGAGAGCCUGGCCCGUCACGGUUUCUGCACCGGUAGCGUCCUUCCUGGAGUUCCCUCGGAGCCCGUCGUAACGGUGGACUGCGAUAUCUUUGGCGCUGCGGGCCCGGAGAUCCUGAUCGUGUCCAACGACAGCCAGGCCGUCCCCGCCGGCCCCCCCGCCGGCCCCCCCGUGGUCCACCACCACGAGCACGCCGGGCAAGGGCCGCACUCCCACGGCUUCAAGCACCACCAGCUGACCGCCGUCCACGGGGACGUGACCCCCGGCCUCUUCUCCUCCGAGUCGGCCGAGGCCGCGCCCGCGCCCGUGCCUGCGCAGGUGGUCAAGAGAGAGGGCUCGGAGACUGAGAAAGGACACCACCUGCUGGGUGGGGAAGGCAGCCACAGUCUUGACCAUGGGCUGGGGCACCAGCACCAACACCAGCACCUCCAUCUCCACGGCGACGCGGCAGCAGCAGCCAGCCCCGCCCCUUCCAAGGGGCUGCUGGGUACUGUCCAGUACCUCCCAGCCUUGGACCGGCCGAUGGCCUUCCCUCCUUCUCCUGACGGGACUAUCGCUUCCGACAAACUCCCAGGCGUCUCCGAGAGUGGGCAGCAGCAGCAGCCACCCCGGGAGAGAUUGCCGGUCCCCAGCCCCUUCCCUGGGGUCCGUGCCACGGAGUGUCCUGGAGAGCCCAGGCACGGAGACGCUCUGUUACAGGAGCUCUUUCAAGAGGAUCCUCUCUUCUACCACCCUGUCGAUAUCGCAGGUGGAGGUGUCGGCUUGCUGGCAAAGACCAAGAGCCGGAGAGAGAUGAAGCCCCCUGUGCUGCUGCUGCUGCUGAGCGCCCUGCUGCUGUGUGAGGGGGCGCGCGGGGAGGCCCAGGCCCCUCUGCAGCCGGGCUCCUGCGAAGACCCAGCGGUCGCCGAGCUGGCCCUCAGCCGCGUCAACGCCGACCGGGGAGAGGGACACGUCCUCAGCCUGCACCGCCUCCACAGCGCCCGCCUGGAGCGCGGCCCGGACAGAGCGGUGUUCCACCUGACCUUGGACGUGCUGGAGACCACGUGCCACGCGCUCAGCGGGAGGGACUGGAGGGGCUGCGGCGUCCGCCGGAGACAAGACACGCCCGUCUAUGGCCAGUGUAAGGCCACAGCCUACACCAGCGGAGUCCAGAGAGUCGUGCGGGUCUCCAGCUAUAACUGUACCCUCAGGCCAGCCCCUCGCUCCAAAAUCUUUCUGUCAUGCCCUGACUGCCCCCGCCCACUGUCCGUGUCCGACGAUAACAUCCUGAGGGCCGUGAACGAGACCCUGCAGAAAUACAACCGAGAAAGCGGGAUGCCCAAUUACUUCUCUCUCCUGGCUGUGACCAGGGCUUCCUCACGGGGAGGAUUGGGCCUGUUCUAUUUGGUGGAAUUCACCAUCCAGGAGACUGUGUGCAGCAACAGCUCAGACGUUGCAGAUGUUUCCAGAUGUGCGCUGAUGGACUCCAAGUCUGCUCACAAGGGCCACUGCAGAGGAUCACACUCACAGUUACUGGGUCAAGACAAUGUCUCCGUCUCCUGCGAAAUCUUUGAACCAGCGGUAGGAAAUGAAAUGCUCGUCUUUGCAUUUAAUUUAGUUGAAAACAAAUACUGGAAUAAUAUCUUAACAGCUCUCCGUUUCUUCCCACAGUCCUACGGGAAAUGUGAGGCCUCAAUAUACAUAAACAAAGUUCGCCGGAUCGUCGAUCUGCGCUCCUACAACUGCACUCUCCGGCCAGUGUCCGCCUCCAGGGUAGUCAGCGUUUGUCCCGACUGCGCAACAUUAGUGCGGCUCGACACUCCUGCUGUGUUACUGGCUGUAGAGAAUUCCCUGGCAAAGUACAACAACGGCAGCGGACAAACAAAGUACUUCGCCCUCCGCAACGUCACAAGAGCGCGCUCGACGUGGUUCCAGGGGUUCCACUACAGUGUGGAGUACAUCAUCCAGGAGACAGAGUGCACCAAGGACACCGCUGACGUAGAUCUUUCCAAAUGCAAACUGAUGGACUGUGAGUUUGCUCACACGGGUUUUUGCAAGGGGAGCUACUACGAACCCUCUCCCCAACUGCUCACCGGUGACGAUCACAUCACUGCCACCUGUGAAAUCUUUGAACCAGAGGCCUCGCGGAAGGAGGAGCAGCGGCACAAGGAAGCAGCGCCGCAGGGACACGGGGUGCACGGCCACGCCCCCGGGGAGGAGCACGAGAGCCACGAGCAGCACCUGCACGAGCACCAGCACCUGCACGCCCACGAGCACCACCAUCACAACGCCAGCGACACGGGCACCCAGCCGCACCCGGGGCCGCUGGGCACCGUGCAGGAGCUGCCCCCGGACGAGAGCCAGCCCAGAGACUUCCACCUGCCCGCGGACCACCACACCGCCGCCAACCAGUGUCCGGGAAAAAAGAAGCACGUGUUUGUGUGAAACGUCCCUGCACGGCGACGUUUCUGGGCGAGCAUGAAGUGACUUUGCCCCUAUUGAGGUGCACAAGAUUGUGUCAGAAAUCAGGCGCAAGGUAGUACGAAACUACGCGAGGAAAUCAUUUUAAUAGCGCAAAACUAUUUCCAGUAUUAUCUCCCAAGGGAUCGAGUGAAAGGGUAGACCUGAAAGACCAAUGUACUUCUUUGAAAAGCUGCUACCUUGUUUUUUAAACAAUGUGAUUAAUUUCCUUGUUUUGAAACAGAUGAGAAACCUCUGAACAGACUGGUCUCCAUCUGGCUCUCCAGACCUUGGUUUAAUAAAGCAUUUCGCACUGGUA